AUGACUUUUGAAACUACCGAUUUCAAAAAAAAGCCUGAUGGCUUUGAAUCUGACAGAGAAUCUUUGCAUUAUCUUACUCCAAAUAAAUCACUAACAUCGCUUUCUGAAUACUCCUCAUCUGAAGAAGAACUUGGCGCAACCACUAACCAACCAUUAAUACAUAAUGAUGCAGUUUCUUUGCAACUUCAACAGUAUCAAGGUGAUAUGGCAACACCUGAUUUAUCACAAGUACUGAUUAUCUAUACAGGUGGUACCAUUGGAAUGAAGAACUUGAAAAAUCAAGGCUAUGCUACUGUACCUAACUAUCUUACUGAAACGCUUGCAGGAAUGUCACGGUUUCAUGAUCAUCAAUUUGUUAAAAAUCAUCAUCGUAUUUCUCUUAAACCAAUAAUGGAUCGUACUGAAGAUGAUGAUAAUUCAGAUAAAAAUAAAGUUAUCGUUAAAGAUUGUAAAACUGGUGAGAUUGUAGAGUUUUUUCAACGUAGUUUGAUCACUCCAAUUUCAUUAUAUGGUAAAAGAAUAAGAUAUUCAGUUUUUGAAUAUGAACCUUUAUUGGAUUCUUGUAAUAUGUCGAGUGAUGAUUGGGUACGGAUAGCCACUGACAUCGAAUUGAAUUAUCAAUCAUAUGAUGCAUUUAUUAUUUUACAUGGCACAGAUACAAUGGCAUACACAGCUAGUGCACUUAGUUUUCUUUUGGAAAAUUUGGGUAAAACCAUCAUUCUAACAGGUUCACAGGUUCCUUUAUCUGAAGUCCGUAAUGAUGCAGUUGAAAACCUUUUAGGUGCUCUUACAAUUGCUGGUCAUUAUGUGUUACCAGAAGUUACUUUAUUUUUCAAUAACAAACUUUUUCAUGUAAAUUGGGCAGAAGUUGUUAGACCUUUUGCAAUUGCAAAAUUUAAAGCACACAAAAAUCUUAAUAGAAAUGUUAGUAGCUUAAGAUUAUUUCCUGGUAUAACAGAAACUACAGUAAAAGCUUUACUGGCGCCACCCAUUGAGGGUGUUAUUUUAGAAACUUAUGGGGCUGGAAAUAUACCAGAUACUAGAGAUGAUAUAAUGAACGCUUUGGGUGAAGCGAGUGGUAGAGGUGUUGUAAUUGUUAAUUGUACUCAAUGUAAAAAAGGCUUUGUGUCUGAUAUCUAUGCCACCGGAAAAGCUCUUUCAAGAGUUGGUGUUGUAUCUGGUAAUGAUUUGACACCCGAGUGUGCUUUAGUUAAACUUUCAUAUUUACUUAGUGAAAAUGGAAACGGUACAAAAAUUUCACCCGAAACUGUCAGAAAUUUAAUGACAAAAAAUCUUCGUGGUGAGUUAACAAUUUUGUCACCAAGACCAAGAUUUACUUUUCAUAAUCCUUCUGAUUUGAAAAAAAAUAGUACAUCAGAUUUGGCAUUAACGAUAAAUGUUCAGGAAAAGGUUUUGAUGGAAAAAACUUUAUAUCCUAUAUUAUUGUGUUCAGCUGCUGGAACAGAUGAUCUUGAUGGAAUGUUGUUAUUAUGGGAAAGUUAUGAAGGUUUAUUACUUAAUUGUGUAGAUUAUGAUGGAAGAACCCCUUUACAUAUUGCAUGUUCAUGCGGUCACCAACGUAUUGUAGACUUUUUGCUACAUCAUGGUGCCUCAGUUCAUAUGAGAGAUAGAUUUGGCCAUACACCUCUAUUUGAAGCAGCAAGAAACAAAAAUAAGCAUAUAAUCAAAUUAUUACGUGAAGCUGGUGCGCAUUUUAAUGAUGCUGAGAUUGAUGAUGUGAUGUUUCAAGCACUAUCUGCUGCAUCAAAAAAUGACGUUGAAUUAUUAAGACAUUUUGUGGAUUCUGGAAUGGAAAUUAACAGAACGGGAUUUGAUCGUCGUACAGCAUUACAUCAUGCAGUAGCAGAAGGGAGUUUGGACACUGUUCAAUAUCUUUUACUAUUGCCCGAGUUAAACAUAGAAACAAAAGAUCGGUGGGGAAGAAAACCUAUUGAUGACGCUGAGAUGAACCUUGGACGUAUGUGGGGAAGAGAUUGUGAUAGAGAGAAACAAUUUCGUGAGAUUGUUAGAUUAUUAAGAGAGAAAUCGGUUCAAAAUGUCUUCAUCGAUAAUGGUAUAAUAAUUUUGGUGAAUGGUGAUGGAAAAUCAAAUAUAAACAAUAAUAAUAUUGAUGCUGGUUAA